AUGCCCCGCACCGAAGAAUUGAACCGGCUCGCCGUCAACGCCGAGAGAGAUGUUAACUCCUACCAGUCCAGGCAGGGUACCGGCAGAAAGAGUGACUCAACCAUUCAAGCUGUUGAGUCUGGUGUUGACGAGAUGGUUGACAAGCGAUUCUCUCAGCCUACAAGUGUGAAGUACGGCCCUGGCUCAACUGCCUGUGACAGCGACCGUCGUGUGAUUCCCGAGGAGGAGGGUGGUAUUCGCGAUGCCCGCAAUAGACUCCCCAGGGCAGCUCAAUUUGAGGGCGUUGGCGGCCCAGAAGAUAAGGUCUAG